UCUGCUUUAUUCAGUCAUUCAUUCAUUUUCACACACAUACACACAGUCACACUCCGUCACCUCACCAUGUGAACUUUUUUAUUUUUUUUUUUAAAUUUAUUUUUUCCAGUUUUUAUAAAUAAGUACCCAAAGUUAAGAUCUUUGUAUCUUAGUGACUUCUCUUUCUCUCUAAGAUUCUCUAAAUACAACAAAAAAUCAUAAUUGAGUUUCUUGUUUUUCACUAUAAGCACAUGAUACUAAUGUUGUUGUUCCAUUUUAAGUGAGUUUUUUUUAAUACCGAUAGUGUUCGGAUCAACUUUCGCGUACUUGAGACAUUCUUUUAUGAUAAUCAAAUUGUUCGAGCCAACUUUUAUACACCUAAAAUAAAUAAAAUCUACGGGAUACCUCCUUCAUGUGAAGUGAGAUUUGGAGAGAUUCUUUUGAGUUUUGUAUAGACAAAUGAAGCAAAAAAUUGAAGUGGGGUGUGUUGUUUUUCACUGAAAAGCACAUGAUAUACACUGUGGUGGUGGUGUUUUUUCAGUGAGAUAUUGGAGGAGUGGCUACAGAUAAAGAUGAUGAAGGGUUAUUCAUUCUUUACUGCUAGUGCUACUGCUCUCAUUCUUGCUGUUUCCAUUUGUUGCAGCUCAAUUCUUGCUGCUGAUUCUUUAUCAAAAGACAAUUUUAAGUCCAUUUUAGGAGAGGGAAACUUGGAAUCAUGGAAGGAUGGAGUAUUGCACUCAGCAGAUAUGGCAGAAGCUCCAGGUGGGCAUGCGAGCACGCUUGUGCUGGCAGGAAACAGGACGAGGAGGCCAGAUUUUCUUUCUGGUUUUCACAAAUACAGAGGUGGAUGGGAUAUUGCCAAUAAACACUACUGGGCAUCUGUUGGUUUUACAGGUGUUGCUGGUGUCAUACUCGCUUUGCUUUGGUUCAUUUCUUUUGGAUUGGCUCUCGUAGUUCAUUAUUGCUGGGGAUGGAAAAUCAAUAUUAUAGGCGGAGAACGACGUUUUUCAGAGAGAGUUUGCCUGAUCGUGCUUAUUAUCUUGACAUGUGCUGCAGCUAUCGGAUGCAUUCUUCUUUCUGUUGGACAAGAUGAUUUUCAUGGUGAAGCAUUGGACACACUAAAAUAUGUUGUAAACCAGUCGGACUACACUGAACAGACAUUGAGAAAUGUAACACAAUACCUAUUACUCGCAAAAACUGUAAAUGUGGCCCAGAUUUUCCUCCCUUCAGACGUAAAAGAUGAUAUUGAUCGUAUAAAUGGAGACCUAACUUCUGCAGCAGAUACACUUGAGGAGAAAACAAAUGAAAACUCAGGAAAGAUACGAAGGGUCUUCAAUGCUGUGCGGUCAGCUUUGAUCACUGUAGCCGUCAUCAUGCUUCUCAUCUCUAUUCUUGGUCUUUGCCUCUCUAUACUUGGCCAUCAACACACAAUUCACAUAUUUAUCAUUAGUGGAUGGUUGCUGGUGGCCUUUACAUUCGUUCUCUAUGGAGUUUUUGUCAUCAUUAACAAUGCAAUUGCAGAUACUUGUAUGGCAAUGGGAGAGUGGGUGGACAAUCCUCAUGCUGAAAGUGCUCUUAGCAACAUCCUUCCAUGCGUUGACCCGAGAACUACAAAUCAGACGCUGUUCAAGAGCAAACAAGUCACUGUUGAUCUCGUAAAUAUUGUCAAUGGAUUUGUCGAUACAUACGCCAAUUCCAAUCCAUCUAAUCAUCUCAAUUCAAAUUACUAUAAUCAGUCCGGACCCGUUAUGCCACAUCUUUGCUAUCCAUAUGACUCCCAAUUGCAAGAUCUGCCAUGCCCGGCCGAUCAAGUAUCUAUGGCAAAUUCUUCUAUGGUAUGGCAGAAUUAUACAUGCAAUGUAUCCGAGGCCGGAAUGUGCACGACCGUCGGGAGGUUAACACCCGACAUGUACGAACAGUUAGUGGCAACGGUCAACAUUAGCUACGCUCUCGAACACUAUGCGCCACCGCUUCUCAAUCUCCAGAACUGCAAUUUCGUCCGCGAUACAUUCAGGAACAUCACAGCCAACCACUGCCCUCCGUUGGAACACCAUCUCCAUGUCGUCAACGCAGGGUUAGCCGUCAUCUCAGUCGGAGUCAUGCUAAGUCUCGCGUUGUGGAUAGUAUAUGCAAACCGCCCCCAAAGGGAGGAAGUGUUUGCGAAGCUGUCUUCGCGUAUAAAGAGUAGCUGCAAUGGCAAGAAUGUUAGCUGCAGCAAUAGUAACAUUGAUUUGUCAUCAAGAGGGACUACUCCAAAAAUUGGAGUGUAGAUAUAAUACUAUAAUACGAAGGGGAGCCUCGGAGUUACUAGUAAAGUUGUUGUCAUGUGACUAGGAGGUCACAAGUUCAAGCCUUGGAAACAGCCUCUGGCAGAAAUGCAAGGUAAGGCUGCGCGUACGAUACACUCUUGUGGUGGGGUCCUUCCCCGGACACCGCGCAUAGCGAUAGCUUUAGUGCAUCGGGCUACCUUUUUCUUUUAGAUAUAAUACUAUAAUAGAGUUUGAGCAUAGAAAAAAAUGUAGAAACAUUGUGGCAUGAGAUUCAUUUUGAUCUCUUUAUAAGCUUUUUUGUUCAAUGUAUGGGGCAAAGCACCAUAUUUUUGAGCAAGGCAUUGAUAGCCAUUUUUAUUUUCAAUAUAUUCAAUUGCUGUUACUGUUGUAUUCACUAUAACUAUUCUGGUUAAUGUGCAAAAUGUUCAUUUUCAUUUU